UACUCCUAUUCUGUCGCCCAUGCUCCUGGGACACUCCCCACACUUAGCGGAAAAAACCAUCUCAAUUCCCAUAGGAUAAAAAAGGUUUAGUUUCAUAAAAUCAUCCGCCAUUUCCUCACAUUUUCCGUUAUCUUCCAAUUACCCUUCCUCCAUUUCAUCGAUCCUUCUGGAAUCAUCAAGAAUCCUCUUACUUCCACGACCCCACUAUGUUUCCCCACUUUUCCCAUUUUCUCUUUACCUUUUCGAUUUCUUAGUGACAAAGUUCAGCCCUUUUUAGUCAUCUUACAUUCCUUAGUGUCCACGUUCAGUCUUUUUACUCUUCAUAAGUACACAUAACUAGAUCCUUGCAGUUGCAGAUCAUCUGAGCUUUUUCAUUUUCAAAAUUUACAGUCAAGUUUUUUUUCUCUCUUUAGUGAAGUUGGAAAAUGGAUCGUGGAAAUUACCGACGUGGUGGUGGUGACAGCAGUCGUGGCGGUGGUGGUGGAGGUAACCGUGGUCGUGGUCGCGGUGGUGGUCAAUACGAACAGGAGCAAGGCCGUGGAGGUGGAAGGGGUGGGUCCCAGAUUGGUGGCGGAAGGGGUGGGCCCUCCCAGAUGGGUUCAUUCAACCAGCAACCAUUUCAGCCUCCACAGCAAUGGGGUAACCAGCCAAGGGCAUCUGGUCCGGGUCAGAGUCAGUAUCAGGAUCGUGGGGCUCCGUAUAAUCAUCCGGUUCAGCAGCAGCCAGUUGGACAAAAUCCGGGUCGUGGUGGUGCUUGGGUCAGCCGUGGCGGCGGCGGUACUGCUUGGGCCCGGCCACCACCGCAGCAGCCACAGCAACAUGGUAGUGGCAGCAGUGGUACUGCGUGGGCCAGGCCACCGCCGCAGCAACAUGUGAGUGGCGGCAGUGGUACUGCUUGGGUCAGGCCACCGCCGCAGCAGCCACCACAACAUGGUGGUGGAAACCAGCAGCAGCGGGAUGUUGAACCCAGUAGCUCAGCAGCAUCAAAUGUUCGCCCGGGGGGUCCUCCUUCAGGCUCUAGUCCUCCUCAGUCUUCUGAUCCUGUUCAAGUUGAUCUGAAGUCGCUGAGUAUUACAGAAACAAAGAGUACAUCAUCUCCUCCGGAAAAUAACAACGGAAAGCUUGUACCUAUAGCACGACCUGAUACGGGAAAAGUUGCUGUCAAGUCAAUUAGACUGCUUGCUAAUCAUUUUCCUGUUAGAUUUAAUCCUCAGUCUACCAUUAUGCAUUAUGAUGUCGAUAUCAAGCAAAUCAUGACUGAUGAAACCCGCGCUGUGAAGAAGUCAAUAAACAAGUCUGAUCUUCGUAUUAUAAGAGAUAAACUGUUUGCUGAUAAUCCUGUUCAAUUUCCAAUAGAUAAAACUGCAUAUGAUGGUGAGAAGAACAUUUUCAGUGCUGUCCAACUUCCUACUGGGCGAUUCACUGUGAACUGCUCUGAUGGGGAUGAUGGUAGGGGACGCUCGUAUGUCUUUACCAUCAAGUUUGUUGCUGAACUGAAACUUUGCAAGUUGAAAGAAUAUUUGAGUAGAAACCUCUCAUACAUACCUCGUGAUGUACUACAAGGAAUGGAUUUGGUUAUGAAAGAAAAUCCUUCUAGGUUAAGGAUAUUUGCAGGUCGUAGCUUCUAUUCAAAUGAGCACUUGGCUGAACAUGACUUUGGGUUUGGAGUUGCUGCAUAUAGAGGUUUUCAGCAAAGCCUAAAGCCUACAUCUGGAGGGCUUGCCUUGUGCCUAGAUUACUCGGUCUUGGCAUUCCGCAAAGCAGUGCCUGUGCUAGAUUUCCUGAGGGAAUAUAUUGGAGAGUUCAAUGAAAAUAAUUUUACUCGUAGAAGAGAUGCAGAGGAUGCAUUGGUUGGUUUGAAAGUCAAAGUAACUCAUCGUCGUAGCAGUCAGAAAUAUGUUGUUAAGAAGCUGACUGAUGAGAAGACUCGCGACCUUCAUUUUAUCCUUGAAGAUCCAGAAGGCAAAGAUCCUCCUAAGAAAGUUUUUCUUGUUGACUACUUCAGGGAAAAAUAUCAGAAGGAGAUUAGGUACCAAAAUUUACCUUCAUUAGAUCUUGGAAAAGGUAAUAAGAAAAACUAUGUCCCAAUGGAAUUCUGUGUCUUGAUCGAGGGACAGCGGUAUCCUAAGGAGCACUUAGAUAAGGAUUCAGCCUUGUUUAUGAAAAAAAUAUCACUAGUUCCACCGCGAGAGAGAAGGGAGGCAAUAUGUGAAAUGGUACGGGCUGAAGAUGGGCCAUGCGGGGCUGUCACCCGUAAUUUUGAAAUUGGAGUUGAUAGGAACAUGACCUGUGUUUCGGGUCGUAUCCUUCCUGCCCCUGAUUUGAAGCUAGGUGGUCUAAGUCAAGUUCCCGUGGAUAAUAAAUGCCAGUGGAACCUUGUUGGGAAAUCUGUGGUGGAAGGCAAGGCGCUUCAGCGAUGGGCUCUGAUAGAUUUUAGCUCCCAGGAACGCAGCCCCAACUUUAGGCUAAGAGCUGAAGAAUUUGUCUUUAGAUUGAAAGAGCGGUGCAAAAAGUUAGGGAUCAACAUGGAAGAACCUGUCAUAAAACAUUUCACUGGCAUGUAUGAGCUCUCUGCAGUUAGAAAGGUUGAAGAUCUCCUCAGAGGUGUGGUUCAUGCAGCUGACAAGAAAAUCAAGGGUCGACUACAAAUGAUAGUUUGUGUUAUGGCAGCAAAGCACAAUGGAUACAAAUAUCUUAAAUGGGUCUCUGAAACAAAAAUUGGUGUUGUAACGCAAUGUUGCUUGUCAUCUCUAGCCAACAAGGGACAAGAUCAAUAUCUUGCAAACCUUUGUAUUAAGAUUAAUGCAAAAUUGGGAGGUAGCAAUAUGGAACUUAUGGAAAGGCUCCCUAAUUUUGGAGGUGAAGACAAUGUCAUGUUCAUUGGAGCUGAUGUUAAUCAUCCUGCUGCAAGGAAUGUGACAUGUCCAUCCAUAGCAGCUGUUGUUGCCACUGUCAACUGGCCAGCUGCUAAUAGAUAUGCGGCUAGAGUUUGUCCUCAGGACCACAGGACUGAGAAGAUAUUAAAUUUUGGGAGCAUGUGUGCAGACCUACUGAAUGCUUACGCUCGACUCAACUCGGUUAAACCAAACAGAAUUGUUGUUUUCCGUGAUGGUGUGAGUGAGGGCCAAUUUGAUAUGGUACUUAAUGAAGAGUUGGUUGAUUUGAUGAAGGCUAUAUACGAUGAUCACUAUCGACCAGCAAUCACUCUUGUUGUGGCUCAGAAAAGACACCAUACACGACUAUUUCCUGAUGGUGGCCCUGGCAAUGUACCUCCGGGUACUGUUGUGGACACAGUAAUUGUUCAUCCAUCUGAUUUUGACUUCUAUCUUUGCAGCCAUUUUGGAGGAUUGGGAACUAGCAAGCCUACUCACUAUCAUGUUUUGUGGGAUGAGAAUGGCUUCAAUUCUGACCGCUUACAGAAGCUUACAUACAACAUGUGCUUCACCUUCGCGCGGUGCACAAAACCUGUUUCGCUUGUUCCACCAGUUUACUAUGCUGACCUUGUUGCCUACCGGGGACGGAUGUUCCAAGAGGUGCUUAUGGAGAUGCAGUCUCCUGUGUCUUCAACUACAGCCUUCACAACUUCAUCGUCAUCUUCUUCAACUGCCUCAUUUGAACAAGGAUUCUAUAAUUUGCACCCCGAUCUGCAGAACAUAAUGUUCUUUGUCUGAUCGCAGCCACCGCAUACUGUUCUGUCUGAUGGCAGCCACCUUUAGUGUUCUGUCUGAUGAUAGACAACCCAGCUUUUUGAUCUCCUUCACCACUCCCACACCGGUGGAGGAGAUGGUUGUCCACAUUUUGGAGAUGCCCAUUUCCAAACGCAUUUGAACCUCCUUUCUGUCGACCUAGCAAGGUGUUUGUGCGUGAAUCUAAUGGGAUUUCAUGUUUGUUUUACUGCCACUCAGUCUUUUACUUUCUGUGGUCCUCACUUUUAGAGGUGUAACUUCUAGGAGUGAGUUUGUCCAGUGAUGUCUUAAUGGUUUGACGUUUUAUUUUGUGUGUUUACUUUUGGUCUUUUGAGGCCACUGCCAGUGUGUUUGAAGUUUGCGACUCUGUUUUAAGUUGAGUGACGUCUUUUAUUUAUGUAUUCUGAGACAGAAACUAAAUUUCUUCUAUGUAAGUGCGUGAGCUACUUGAAGUCUGUUUAUCAGUUAUUCAAUGUGAUUUGUAUUUUCUCUCUUAA